CCCGCAGGCAAAUUCACUGCAACCACCACGGCCGCGGCCCACGGCUUUAAACAUUAUGAAAUAAUACACAGAAACCUUAAAUAUCAAAAAUGUUUAGUUUAGUUUACGUAACGCAAAACCAAAAAAGGAAUCGAGUUUAAUCUAUCGACCGGUGAUUAGUUUUAGCAAGUUUUAGGUUAUGUUAUGAUGUGCAUUUAAAUACAAGUGUGGGGUUAGGUAAACAAUAAUAAUGGAGCAAUUUCGAAAUGGCUUACACAGGAGGAAUUUUAUAAGCACGCACGCCGACGAUAUCCCUAUGGACACAAUCCGAUUGGUGUCGCCUAUUAAUAGGCUUGCGUUAUUUCAAGGGAACUUCGUCAAUGAUGACGAGGAUGACUUUCCUGAGAAGCCGAGUAAAUUCAAGACCAAGGUGAUCAUCGGCUCGCUAGCGCUCCUCCUGGUGAUCGCGGCGUUCUGCGGGUUCAUCAUCAGCAACUCCAACGUCAAGAAACAGAGCUCCGAGCCCCCGGACCCAGUGGAGCCGUUGAAACCUUCGGCUUCUUGGCUUCAUGUGUUCAAGAAGGCGGCAGUGUGCACUGAUGCGCCACCUUGUUCAGAAAUUGGGAGACAAAUCCUCGCCCAAAAUGGGUCAGCGGUGGACGCAGCGAUCGCCGCCAUGUUUUGCAACGGGUUCCUCAACCAGCAGAGCAUGGGUCUCGGCGGUGGGUUCUUCAUGACGGUCUACAUCAGGGAUGAAGAGAAAGCAUACACCGUCAACGCGAGGGAAACAGCGCCUCUAGCCGCUACGAGAGACAUGUUCAAAGGAGACGCUUCUAAAGCCUCUAAAGGGCCUCUAGCUAUAGGUGUACCAGGAGAGCUCCGAGGCAUGUGGGCAGCACACAAACGGUGGGGCAAGCUGCCGUGGGCGGACCUGGUGGCUCCCACCAUGGGCUUCUGUAGCUAUGGCUUCCAGGUGUCCAAGGUCAUGUUCGACGGACUGCUGGCCGCGCCGUAUAUCAAGAGUGAUCCAAUUUUAAGAAAAAUGUACGUGGACCCGUCAACCAACAACUUCUACAACCCAGGAACGAUAGUGAAGCCUAGUGAAGCCUUCUGCAAGACUCUUCGCCUCAUCGCCGAGAGGGGAGGCGACGAGCUCUACAACGGUAGCCUGGCCAAGGACUUCCUGGUCGACCUGAAGAGGGUCGGCAGCAUCAUCUCCGCUGAGGAUCUGAGGAACUAUGAGGCAAAAAUAACCGAGACCAUCGACGUACGAUUAGAGAACGGGGAUAGACUACACGUACCCCCACCGCCCAGCAGUGGGCUCAUCCUGGCCAACAUCCUGAACGUACUGUCGGGGUACAGCUUCGGGCCGCAGAGCAUCAAUACGACGGAGGACAAGAUCCUCACAUAUCAUAGGAUUAUAGAGGCAUUUAAGUUCGCCUACGCGACGAGAACUAGGCUGGGGGAUGCUGCGUUUCUGCAGUUAGAUGAGUUAAUUAAAAACGUGACGCAACCUGAAUAUGGGGCAGAGAUCCGCGGCAGAAUCAACGACUCAAUGACAAGCAAUGACUCCUCGAUAUACGGUGCGGAGGUGUACCAACAGCCUGAUGCUGGCACUGCACACAUCUCUGUCAUAGCUAGUAAUGGAGACGCUGUGUCCGUCACCAGCUCUAUUAACUACUAUUACGGCUCCGGCUUUACAACUCUAAACACGGGCAUCGUAAUGAACAACGUUAUGGACGACUUUUCCUCACCUGGCAUCACCAAUUACUUCGGCCUGGAGCCCUCCCCGGCCAACUUCAUCGCGCCAGGAAAGAGACCCUUAUCUUCCAUGAGUCCUAGCAUUAUUUCUGAUAGUGUAGGCAAUGCCAAGAUGGUGCUCGGAGCUUCUGGAGGCACUAAGAUAACCACAGCCGUUGCUUUGGUGGCCAUUCGCAAGCUAUGGUUCCAGCAGACUAUCAAGGAGGCAGUGGAUGAAGCGCGGAUACAUCAUCAGUUGCUGCCUAUGCAAGUGGAAUACGAGUUUGGAGUUACCGAGGGAAUCGUGAAUGGCCUAAAAGCCAAAGGCCACGUAAUGACCCGCUACCGCGGUCGCGGCUCGAUCGUAUGCGCCCUCUACAGGAACAAAACGGCAAUAUACGCCAACGCAGACUUCAGGAAAGGAGGCGAUGUUUCUGGCGAUUAGAUCACAAUGAAUUUUAAAGUCAUACAUAACGGACCCCUAUUCGACAAGCGACGUUUGACGUAUCGUGUUGAUCUCCCGUUGAUGUGGGAAAAAUCAUAAGUUCUCGAAUAAGUACGUAGGUACAAUGUCAAAAUUUGACAUUAACAAUCCACAGUUAGGGUGACAAGCAAACCAAACCGAACCACCCUUAGUUUAGAGUGGAGUUUUGGUUGUACCAAAUGAUAUUAUCCACCGUUGAUGGAAACAACACUCAGUAUGCAAUAAAAUCAACUGUUGAUUUGACGUGGAUGCGAAAUCUGACAGUAUUGUACAUGUCGAAUUUGGCCCCAUCUCAUGUUACGAGUUAAUUCACUUACAUAAGACUUAAAAUGAAUUAUCAGAUGUCAAUGAGUAAAAAACUCGUCACUACAAAAUGUGGAUAGGUACGGAGCUGUACAGCGACAUCUAGUUAAACAGUCAAAGUCUCCUCUCGAAAUAUCCAUCUCUUUAUAGACGUAUAUUGUAAUUAAUUUGACUAUCUUAAGACCCGGAUCUAUAGAAGGUAGAAGCAAUGAAAACAAUCUCCAUGUAAGUAUCAAAAAGUGUCCGUCAAAAAACCAUAAAUAUAGGUAUGGGAGGUGAGCAUCUGGUACAGUCGCCAUCAGAUAUAUCGGAGCGGCCAAGGUGUUCACAAUAUCUGAACACGUACUCUAACGCCUUGACAAUAGAGGCGUGCUCAGACAUUUGUGAGCACCUUGGCCGCUCCGAUAUAUCUAACGGCGACUGUACCAGGGGUCGGGCAUGUGCUGCGGACAAUAUGUGGUUGGUGUUAAUGAUAAGAAUUACUUUAUUCGUAAACAUACAAUACCUAGAUUAUUCGAUAAAAAAAAAUCAAAUCAUUGACAGCGCACUAUACACUCUGUCAAUAACGCCUACGUUCUUAGCUACUCUAGCGCUAUUCUGGAGAUUUGGAACUGGGCUAUAACCGUGAAAAUCGAAGUUCGCAAAUUGCGGGAAUUUUUCUCUGUCACUCUAAUUACGCCUUCAUUGGAGUAAAAGAGAAAGAUCCCCGCAAUUUGCGAAAAACGGUUUUCGUGGUAGCCCCUCUGUUAUUAACAGCUGACUGCUGGUCACUUACAACUUUUCUACCACAAGAGAUUAAAUUUCACUCCUUUUACUUUAUACUUACUCCAUACCCGGAUCCUCGUUCCGCCAGUUUAACAUCUACAUAAUUCCGUUUUUGGUCCAUAAAAAUAUGUUUCUAAUAUUUAAAUCAUUAGUAAUCUAUUGUUAUCGUUGGGGUCCCUUUGUUUCCCAUAAAGUUUUA